UGAGUCGGUUUAUAUGAUUCAUGUAUUUAAUCAGAGGUUCUACCCUUCACAGUAAAAGCCAAAAGCCAUUUUUAUCAAUCAAAGUUUCCCAGGAAACGUUAACACAUCUUCAUGAGUAUGAUUCAACCACAACCACAACCUACAGAUGACGUUUGUUUUAGAUAGUAAUCCUCUACUUCUGACUGGAUAACCGUGACGUUGUCAUCGUGAUAAAAGGACAACGUAUGCCUCAUUCACUUUUUCAUCAAAAUGAAUUAGUAGUAGCACCACUCUCCCGGACAUUUUGGGAAUGUUCUCGACCUGGACCUCCUGAAAGCAUAGGCCGCCAAUCAGAAUGCACGGGCGGAAGACGUAUUGUGUGUUCACAGAUGGCGUUGUUCCCCCUCCUUCUGCUGUGCUUGACAACAGUCAGUGUCACGGCAAACAGCUGCACCAAGCAAGGUGGGGUUUUCUGCGUCUCUGAUUACUGGCAGAAUGUAAGCUGUGUUCUGAACAACACGGACAAACCAGGAGAAGCCAAAACCACAGACCGCUGGUUAAAUUUCACAAGAAUAAAGUAAUUGCAGUUAAUGUAGCAUUACCAAAUCUUUAGAUGAUUCUAAACUUUAUAUUAAUGAAUUCCUUUUUUUAUUGUAGGCCUGAGUGGGCACGAUUUGUGUGCCGGUUUGAGAGGAACCCGUCCCGCUGUCAAUUCGACACAGGAAUGCGUCUCAGGUCGUUCCACGAAUUCCGUGUUCAAUCCUGCAAUUCAUCUGGCUGCUAUGAAAUAUCCCAGUUUAAGCCAGUCAAUUGCGUUCAAACUAUGUCUCCAAGUGACGUCAGUGUCAACAGCUCUUUGGAUAGCUUCAUCAUCACCUGGAAGAGCGGAUAUAAAAACCACUAUUUCACACCGGAAAAAUUUACCUACAAUGUCUCGCUUGCUCAUGGGCGCCAUGCGUUUGAACAGAUUCAGGACGGAGAUCUAUCGAUAACUCUUGAUUACUCUCGGUUUGAUCAGAGUAGUGAAUAUUGUGUCCGGGUAAAAUCAAAAUAUGAGCACGCAGUCCUGUGGAGUGAGUGGAGCGAGUCGGUGUGUUGGCAACGGGGAGAAGACCAAUCACAGAUGGGUGUGUAUCGAUUGACCGCCGGCGUCUUGUUGCUCGUGUGUGUGUUCGCUGGCCUCCUGCUGUGGCUCUGCGUCCCAUCCACAAGGCUGAAGGUGAGAUCUCUGCUCCAAGUGCCUUCACCAGCACCCUACUUUCAACCAUUGUUCCUCCACUAUGAAGGCAACCUCCAUGAGUGGCUGUCGUCUCCGGGAGCCUACAUGGUGACCUUUGACCCGGACAGCCGGGUGAACGCCCGACACAUCACCCUGGCGCCCAGGGCCGCCCAGUGUGGGCUGGAGGAGGAGGAGGACUCCAAGCUGAGCCCCCAGCCCCCGUCACCCCCCCAGGACCCGCUGUCCUACAUCAUGGCUCCAGGCGCCACGGCCUUCGUCCCCCACGCCCCCCCGCACCCCACCACCAUCGCCGCGGUCGCCGACAUGUCCUACGUGGCGUUUCCGGGCGCCACCGCACCGCUCUGCCGCGCGGAAGAGGCUUCGGAGGCGGCCUCCAUGGACACGAGCCAGGCGGAGUCCGGAAGUGGGUGGGAGGAGGAGGAGGAGGGGGAGGAGGAGGAGGAGGAGGGGGAGGAGGGGGAGGAGGGGGAGGAGGGGGAGGAGGGGGAGGAGGAGGAGGGGGAGGAGGAAGGUCAGAACCAAGGUUCACACCCUCCCCUCCCGAGCUCUGUCCCUUGCUUCGGGGAUUACUGCACCCUCAAGCAGGCAGCUCAGUGGUGAAAUGGAUCAGGUUGAAUUAUGGCGCCCUCUAGUGACUUCAUUGUGCUUAUUCAGGCAAAUUUUAAGUCGUACAUUUUAAUCGUUUUUGUUCUACUUCUUCUUUCUAUUGUGCUUUUUGUUUAAAGAGCCAGUAAGCCCACUGAUUCAGAUAGGAAAGCUAGUAGUCUGGAAAGCUUAACCGUGACUCUGACCCUCCGCACACCGUGGCGUUUCACUGAACGUGUUGAAAAGCUCAGCUUUCCCACGGCAACUUAUUUCAGUUAGUAAAUGGAAUGGAAUACUAUGUUUACGAUAUCAUAUGGGACAAAUGACGGUGUUUAAAACCCAGAAAUAUGUGGUUUUGGUUUCAAUGGAUCUUGAAUGCCACACUGUAAAGCUAGGGUGACCAGACGUCCUCUUUUUCCCGGACAUGUCCUCUUUUCGAGACCUAAAAAAUGCGUCCGGCAGGGAUUCCAAAAACGUCCGGUAUUUUGCCUCGUCGCAAAAAAAAAUAAAAAUAUUAUUGUUAUUAUUAUUAUUUAUUUUUUUGCCUCGUCGCAUAUUUGUGUUUCUGGGUCUUUCACAUAACCUACUAGUUAUUACCAUUGUAUAUGUCUAUGGUUAUUACGGCCUUCCAAGUUCUGGAAAUGGUAUCUCCCUUACGUUCCACCUUCUUGCGCGAGCUGACUGUAGAGAGAGUCUGUCAUUGGGCGACCGAUC